AUGGUAGAAAAAUUUCUUGAAGUGUUCAUGGAUGAUUUUUCCGUUUUUGGACCUACAUUUGAUGAAUUGUCCAAAAGAGGUAUAGCAGUAGACAAGGCAAAAGUGGAGUUGAUUUCUAAACUUCCACCACCUACCACGGUUAGGCAAAUACGCUCAUUUCUCGGACAUGCUGGCUUUUAUCGUCGCUUCAUCAAGGAUUUUAGCAAAAUUUCACGACCCUUGUGCAAUCUUCUUGCCAAGGAAACUUCGUUCAACUUUGAUGAAGCAUGUUUAGAUGCAUUCGAGACACUUCGCUCUCUUCUAUCCUCAGCUCCGAUUAUGAAGACUCCCAAUUGGUCUCUCCCUUUUGAGAUUAUGUGUGAUGCAUCCGACUAUGCAGUGGGUGCUGUUUUAGGUCAACGUGUGGACAAGCUCCCUCACGUGAUUUAUUAUGCUAGUAAGACUCUUUUAGAAGCACAAGCAAAUUAUACCACCACAGAGAAGGAGUUACUAGCAGUUGUUUUCGCCUUGGACAAAUUCCGCUCUUAUCUUUUAGGGUCCAAGGUGAUUGUAUACUCUGAUCAUGCCGCAUUGAGGCAUUUAAUGGCCAAAAAGGAAACAAAGCCCCGUUUGAUUCGAUGGAUACUCUUACUACAAGAGUUUGAUCUAGAGAUACGGGACAAGAAAGGAUCUGAAAAUGUUGUAGCUGACCAUCUUUCUCGUAUAUUUCUUGAGUCCUCUCUCCUCCCAGUGCAUGAUUCCUUUCCGGAUGAGCAACUGCUUGAGAUCACGCCUCAAGAAAUACCAUGGUAUGCUGACAUAGUUAAUUAUCUUGCUACAGCAUGUGGAGGACAUUUUAGUGUGCAAAAGACUGCGGCGAAGGUUUUGCAAAGUGGAUUCUUCUGGCCAUCCUUGUUUAAGGAUUCUUUCAAGUUUUGUAAGGCGUGUGAUCGAUGUCAAUGCCUUGGAACAAUAUCCCGGAGGGACAUGAUGCCUCUAAACCCCAUCCUAAUUGUGGAAAUUUUUGAUGUAUGGGGGAUAGACUUCAUGGGACCCUUCCCGCCAUCUUUCGGAUUUGAGUAUAUUUUAGUGGCGGUAGACUAUGUAUCAAAAUGGAUAGAGGCUGUGGCAACCAAAACCAAUGAUCAUAAAGUUGUUGUGAAGUUCGUUCAGACAAAUAUUUUUAGUAGAUUUGUUGCCACACCCUACCAUCCUCAGACAAGUGGCCAGGUGGAAUUAUCUAAUAGGGAGAUAAAGAGAAUUUUAGAGAAAACGGUUAGGCCGGAUCGCAAGGAUUGGUCAUUGCGCCUCAAUGAUGCAUUAUGGGCCUACCGUACAGCUUACAAGACACCAAUUGGCAUGUCGCCAUAUCGGCUUGUUUAUGGCAAGGCAUGCCAUCUCCCUGUAGAGUUAGAGCACAAGGCUUGGUGGGCAAUCAAGACCUAUAAUUUUGAUAUGAAAUCUGCAGGGUCCCACAUAAGGUUACAAUUGAGCGAGCUUGAAGAGCUCCACAAUGAUGCUUACGAAAGUGCCCGGAUGUACAAGGAAAGAACGAAAACAUUUCAUGAUAAACACAUCCGGCCGAAGACUUUCGUUCCAGAUCAGAAGGUAUGGCUUUACAAUUCUAGACUUAGCCUGUUUCCUGGUAAACUCCGUUCUAGAUGGGAUGGGCCCUUUAUAGUCACAUCUGUAUCCCCUCACGGAGCGGUUGAGUUAAAAGAUCCCAAAACUGGUCAAUUUUUUAAGGUUAACGGUCAGAGAUUAAAACCCUACAUUCAGGGCAUUGCGCAUAACGAAGAUGUGGAAUCCGUUGAUCUAACGGAUCCCAUCUACUUUUGA